AUGUCUCUCUUUGGACAGACUGCCAACACGGGCGGCAGCUCGCUGUUUGGAGGCAAUACUGGUGGCACAACAGGCGGAGGACUGUUUGGGCAGUCGACAACACAGAAUCAACAAAGCGGAACCACUGGCGGUGGUCUGUUUGGCCAACCGGCCCAGAAUCAACAGCAACAACAGAGCGGCACGACGGGGGGUGGUUUGUUUGGAGGACUUAGCGCAAACAAGCCCGCAACGGGUGGUGGUUUGUUCGGGCAGCCGCAACAACAGCAACAGCAGACGGGAACUACUACGGGCGGUGGCCUCUUUGGCCAGUCGACUACACAGCAGCCGAGCACGACCACGGGUACUGGACUAUUUGGACAGCAAGCACAGACUCAGCAAAGCGGAACAGGUGGCGGUCUGUUUGGUAAUCAGCAGCAGCAGCAGCAACAACAACAACAGAAGCCCUCUCUGUUUGGCUCCUCCCUAGCGCAACCCGUGGCAGCUGCGAAGCCCUCACUCUUCGGCCAGCCGCAGACCCAGCAGCAGCAACCUCAACAGAACGCGCCUUCCAUGCUGGGCGGAAGCACUUUCGGUGCAAGCACAUUGGGUGGAAGCCUUUUCGCUAGCCAGGCCCCCAAUGGACAAACCCAAGCACAAUCACAGCCAGCGGGCGCCUACUUCGAUAGUCUCUUUGCCAAAAGCCAGAAAGCUGAUGGUAAAGCCAACAUGGAGGAUCUCCCUAGCCUCGAACUCGGUCUGGGCGACCUACGACACCGAUUGAGAAAGCUUCAGUCCAAGCCUAGUGACAAACCUCUCGGCGGAAAGGCUCACUACCUUCUCGCAGCUUCUGGCGUCGAUCCUGGUGUUGCAGCCAAGGAUCUCGGACUUCUUGAUGUGCAGCCCGGCCGUACUGAGCGAACCACACAUGGCUACGCCCCUAGCGAACUCGACGUCGAAACAUACCUCUCGAACCUCCAAACCAAGACGACUCUUAGCAUGAUUGCCGACGGAAUCGAUCGAUCGGUUCGCGACUUUGAUAACUUCCUCGAAGACAAUGUUACCAUGGAAUGGGAGGCGCAACGAAAGCGCAUCUACCAGCACUUUGGAAUCACACCCCGCGAGGAAACAUCUACCACCGGGCGUGAAUCUCAGAGUGCUUUCGGUCGCUCCAGGCGUAAGAGCCAGGCGCCAGCUGCCAAGUCUGGCAGGGCCAGUGUUCUUGGCAGAUCGACACUUCAGAAGUCUGUCAUCGGAACACCCAGCCGGAUUGGAGCCCACCAGACCGAUUUCUCAGAUGUCGAUCGUUCUUCCGAGUCUGGAGGUCUCGACGGGCGUGUCUCUUCCGAUGAUAGAGUACUCCGUGAGCGACAGGGACGUCUAUCGGAGAAGAUUCGCAAUCUCAACACUGCUCGUCUGCUUAAGCGACCCUACCCCAUUCUUUCUGAGCUCGCUGCUGUCGAGCAAAAGUCUCACGAACCUCAUGCGCCCCAUGUCGUGGAGGCAUACCUAGCCGUCAUGGAGAUCGUGGGCGAGGACCCUGAUGCCGAGACGACCCUAAACAACGCGACAGCCAAGGAACGCGAGUUUGCCGAUAUGUAUCUGAACGAUAACCCCAAUUCCUCCAAGUCGGUUGAGAUGCGAAAGCGUAUCCUUACUGGUGCCAACAGUUUCCUAGAGAAGCAGUUUUUGCGUGAAGUCGAGUCCCUUAUUGCCAAGCACCCUCACGAGGCGAAGCUUGGUGGUCUGCCUGAUAUUGUCAGCAAGGUCAAGGCGUACAUCAGAUUGCGGUCUGCACGAAAAGAUUUGGUUCCCGAUAACACUGAGCUUCAGCAAGUUCAGGGUGAGUAUGUCUGGGCCAUUGUCUUCUAUCUGCUCCGUUCUGGACAUGUUAGCGAGGCUGCCAAGUAUGUCAACGACAACACCAACCAAUUCCGAGGCAUCGAUAGAACCUUUGCGACAUACCUCAACAACUACGCUGCCAGUGAGGAUCGACGCCUUACCAACAGAAAGCUCCUGGACCGUUGCACCAACGAGUACAUCCAGCGAUCACGCAACGCUCCCGAAAACUCUAUCGAUCCUUUCCGUAUGGCUUGUUACAAGGUCAUUGGGCGUAUCGAGCUCGGUAACCGUAACCUGGACGGACUUAAUACAGAUAUCAAUGACUGGAUUUGGCUCCAGUUCAACCUAGCAAGAGAGGGCGAUAAGACAAUUGAAAUGGCUGGCGAGUCGUAUGGCUUGGCUGAGUUGCAGUCCAGCAUCCGAGAGAUUGGUCUGAAGCACUUCCCUAAGGCUAACUCGGAAGACAGCAACGGCAGCUUUGGCAUGUUCUUCUACUUGCAAAUCUUGUCGGGUAUGUUCGAGGAUGCUAUCGCCUAUCUCUACCCCUUCUCAUAUGUCGACGCUGUGCACUUUGGUUUGGCGCUCGAGUUUUACGGCCUGCUCCGACCAAGCGAUGCCAUGUCACCGUCCAACGACCUUCGCAGCUACAGUACCAAGAACUUACCACAGGUCAACUUUGGUCGCAUGAUUGGAUACUACACCCGUGACUUUAGAGCUGCGGAUGUCGUCUCUGCUGUUGACUACCUGACACUUAUCUGCCUCAAUCAGGACCUUGAGGGUGAGGCUGGCCAGCGACACAGCAGCCUGUGCCACGAGGCUCUCCGCGAGUUGGUGCUUGAGACACGCGAAUUCAGCAAGUUAAUUGGUGAUAUUCGACCGGAUGGCCGACGCAUCCGUGGUAUUAUUGAGGAGCGUGGCCCUCUUAUUGGUCUUGAUGCUGAGGAUGACUUUGUCAACACAGUCACUCUUCAGGCCGCCAGCUUCGCGGAUGAGAAUGGCCGCACCACAGACUCGGUGUUGCUGUACCACCUCGCCGGCGAAUACGACACGGUUGUCGCUAUUGUUAGCCGCGCGCUGAGUGAGGCUGUUUCUCUCGAGAUUGGCGAGGACCCCAUGCGUCUCAUGCCUGUCAAGCCCCGAGCUGGUGGACAAGAGGCUGAUGCUGGCAGCAGCCUUAGCUUGGCAGCCAUUGAUGACCCUGUCGAGUUGGCCAAGACUAUGAUGAGCAUGUACGAGCGCGAUGCCAUGUUCUACAGGAGAAUCCAGGACCAGAACAAGGUGGCCUGCCGAGUGCUGCUGGAGAUGAGCAGUAUCAAGGGAUUGGUGGAAGCUGGACAAUGGGCACAGUGCCUCGACAGAAUUCGAAGCCUCGAGAUUCUGCCCCUGGACGCUGCGGGCGAUGGCAGCACCAUCCGAGCCUACGCCUCCAAGUUCUCCGGUCUCUCGCAGCCCGUGUCUAUCAACGUGCCCAACCUGUUGAUGUGGACGAUUAUCUGCUGUGUUCGCCAACGAGAGCAGCUGACAAGCGGCCAGUUCAGUGGCAAUGAGGGAACUCGACGCCUGAUGGUCGACCAAUUGAAGCAGAUGACGCUGGACUUGACAACAUACACCAGCCAGCUUCGAUACAGGUUCCCACCCCACCUUCACGAGGCUCUUGCAAGGGCAUCGGCGGAAUAA